AUGAGUUAGUAGUCAUAAAGAAAAAGAUGGGCUCUCUUGGAAACGACGCUGGCGACAUUAAGUCCUCUGGGGUGAACCCAGGCACCGAUUUUUCACGUCCCGAGACUCAGCCCUUUGAAUUUGAUUCCCAAGUCUCAUUUUUGGGCGACAAUGCUGAUAACAAGGAUGGUGAAGAAUUAAACUAUGUUCAAAAUACAGUUCGUUUCGAUGAUAAUAUUGCUCCGAUGGAAGACGGAUUCGAGACCAAGUUUCCUAAUGUUUGUGGAGAAACUCAAGUGUCGAACUUAGACGGUGAAACACAGGUGUUGGAUGAUUUAGAUUGCCUAGAGAAUAUGGAGACACAAUUGUUGGAUGAAUUCGGUGAUGAAAUUGUUGAUGAUAGUGAUGGUGAGGGAACGAAAGGCACCGAUAUAUUAGACCAUGGUGAUGAAGUCUUUAAUGAUAAGAUAGUAGCCAGUGACUUUGAUCUAUCCUUGAGUCAGGUGGAGAAGACGCAAUCUUUGGAGCAAUAUAACACUUGUAAGGGCGAACAAUUAAAUUCAGUGUGUAUGUCAGGAAUCAGUGGUGCUACAGAGACACCCGAUGUCAAAGCUGAGUCAGAAUCAAAACCCGGAUCUUUACGAAGGUUUACCUCAGUUCGUGCAGCAUCCUUGCGUGCGUCUGGUCUUGCAGCUCGAAAUGCAGCACUAUGGGGAAUGAAUGUUGAGUCUUCUUUUAUCCGGACUGAUAGUCAGUUUUCAGACCAGUGUACGGUCAACAUGAAUGGUUUAACCUCAAAUGUUGUGGAGCAGAUAAAUCAGGAACAUUGUCAGAGUAAUAAUGGCGAGACCUCAAUUGGUUUAAGGCAUGUAACCAAUUCCAGGGUUGGUUGUUCAACUGUGAGAAAACUUUUUGCCGCAAGUCCUUGCAGCAGUGAAAAUGCAGAUGCUAGAGAAGAUGUGCUUAUGUUUCCUGCACAUGACGGUUCUUUAGCAGGCUUAAGCUAUAUCGACUCGCAAGAACCUGGGGAGUUAUCUCAGGCUAACGCACUGAAUUUUGUGGAAAAGCUUGUAAAUGAUAAUACGGUGGAGCUUGAUGUUGAAGAUGAUCUCGGGAAGAGUACUGGUGGAAAAUCAGAACUUAUUUCAUGUGCAAUAAUAGGGCCACAAAAUUUGGCUAAGAAAACAAUUGAAAGAAGCACUACUGAAAAAACACGAAUUUUUGAUUGGGACGAUGCUUUGGAGGAUGAAGGAGGGGGUGAUAUUUAUUGUAAAAGAAAGGAAGAUUUCUUUGGUAGUGCAAGUCGUGCAAGGAAGACUUCUAAACAUCCCCGUAAUCGUAAAGGAAGGAAACUUAAUGAAUCUUGUAAUGAAGACCGACCAAAUGCCCAUGAUACAAGAAUAACUGAUUCUGAUUCAAAAUCAUUGUUGUGCAAAUCACUAGGUAAUGACAAGCCAGCACGAGAAGGUAAAUUGGAUUUAAGAAAGAAUCUUUUGAAUGAGUUUGAUGAACAUUGUAACUCAAAUUCCUCAAAGGGGCAAUUGGAAAUUGCUGCUGCUGAAGAACUUGAUGUCGGUUUUGACACUCAGAUGGCUGCUGAAGCUAUGGAAGCCUUAUUCUAUGGGGAGGCGGCAACUGAGCAGAAUGGUAAUCAAGAUUUCCAAAAUAUAUCAAAGGGUUCCUCAAAAGGUUUGUUUAGUGGAAAAUCCAGGAAAAGAAUUGCUUCUAGAGAACCCAUGGUGAAAAAGGGUGUUUCUUGUUACGAUGCUGCUCCUGUUACAAGGCAGUCCAAGAGAACUCAAGAGUCUUCAAUUUUGAAGAAUAAAUGUUCUGAAAAUGUUAGGAAGGAGUGUGAUGCAGAGCUGCUUCUACCUAAAACAAAGAGACCUAAAUCAAAUACUGACGAGAACCAAGUUUCUGGUGGUAUUGAUACAGCCAAGAAGCCCUCUAAGAAUAUAAAGCAAAGAAAGGCAGUUGGAGCUUUGGCAAAGAUUCAACUUCAUGGCACCGGAAGAUCAACUAGGGGCAGCUCAAUGAAGAAACGUCAUGCUAACAAGGUUCAUACUGUUACACCCAUUGCUCGUCGAACGAGGCAGUCCUCGGUCAUGAAUACACAAAUGGCCAAGUCUCCAGCUAGUGAUUGUAGAAAAGGUAAAAACUUGAAAAAGAGGUUUUCCUUCAAGAAAAUAAAACCAGGAGUACAGAUGUUACAGCUGAGUUAUCAUUAGUCAAAUGCUAAAGUGAAACUUUCUAGUUUGCGUUCCUACCAAUCUGGGGAUCAUGUAAAUGCCAAAUCAUGUAGUAAUGACCAAUUGCAAUUGGAGUUGAUUGCCGGGAAUAACAGCAAUCAGGGAUUGAACUAUCCCAAACAUAGAAGAUCUUCCUGCAAAAUGUCGGUUCAUGUUGGUGAAUCUGAUGACUUGGAAACACAGUCCAAAAAAUAUGUUCAGCCAGAUGAUAAUGGACAACAGAUUCCUGUGGUAAAAAGGUCCAGAAGAAACAAUAGGAACACUUGCAUUCCUUCAACGACUACGAGGAUAACACGAUCAUCCAGGAAUGCAUGUACUGUUCCAUAUUUUUCAGACCAGAAUUCAGUAGGAAAACUGUCAGCAAAGGAACAGCACUCCAGUGGAAACUGUGUUGCAGUUUCUUCACCAAUUGCAGAAAGUUCAACUGUGAAUGUUGCUUCUGAUAAAUCCCCGGAAGAGAAAUCAAGAUCACUUGGACCUGUAUGCACCACACCAGUUAACUGCCUGACACCCGUCAAUGCUGCGUCACCUGUUUGUAUGGGUGAUGAAUAUUUUAAGCAAUCCUGCAAGAAGAAACUUUCAAAAGCUUCACUCAUCAAAGAACUCCAAAGUUUAAACCCCAUCGAGCCAGAAUCCAUUUCUCCUUUGAAAGAUACGAGGAAGAGAAGGGAUUUGACUAAUGUUAGAGUCUUGUUCAGCAAUCACCUAGAUGAAGAUAUAGUUAAACAACAAAAAAAGAUCCUGACCCGCCUAGGCAUCUCUGAAGCAUCAUCUAUCUUAACCGCGACACACUUUAUAACCGAUAAAUUCGUGCGCACUAGGAAUAUGUUGGAAGCAAUUGCUUCAGGGAAACCUGUUGUCACACAUUUAUGGCUUGAAAGCAUUGGACAAGUUAAUAUUCACAUCGAUGAAGAAGCUUAUGUAUUGAGGGACAUUAAAAAGGAGAAAGAGUUUGGCUUCUGCAUGCCAGCUUCUUUAGCACGUGCAUGCAAGCGACCCUUAUUACAGGGUCGAAGAGUUCUAAUUACCCCAAAUACGAAGCCGAAUAAAGAAACAAUUAUGCAUUUGGUUACAGCGGUUCAUGGUCAGGCCAUAGAGAGAAUUGGUAGGUCUGCUAUGAAGGAUGACAAAGUCCCAGAUGAUUUGUUAGUUCUAUCAUGUGAAGAAGAUUAUGCAAUCUGUGUGCCGUUUCUUGAAAAAGGGGCAGCAGUUUACAGUUCCGAGUUACUACUAAAUGGAAUAGUUACUCAGAAACUUGAAUAUGAGAGGCAUCGUCUCUUUGCAGAUCAUGUUAGAAGAACACGAUCCACGAUAUGGCUAAGGAAGGAUGAUAAAUUCCUCCCUGUAACGAAGCAUAAAUGAUGGUUUCUUUUUAAAAUUUUCUUGGCUACCGGAUCUUCUUUGUUAGAUAGAUAUAUAGUAUUUAGAAGAACCCCAAGUGAUCUGUAUUUAUCAUAGGAUCAGUUUAGCUGUAUACUGUAUUGA